CUGCGUGCGUCAGAUAGUUUUCUCCAAUGGGUAAAGGUGACUAAAUACUAGUUGUCUCUUUCGCCGGCCCGGUCGCAUCCUAUCGACAGGGAGAGAUGAUGCACGACUCUGGCGGUGUCCAAAUGGCGAGGGCGCUGAAGCAUGCAGCCCUGUGCCUGAUGCUGCUGCCCCGGUUCCUCCUGGCCGCCGUCAUGCUGUGGCUCCUGGAUUUCUUGUGCAUUAGGAAAAAAGUGCUGCUGAAAAUGGGAGAGACGCCGGACAGCCAGGACGACCCGCCGGUGUGCGUCGCCGACUCAAAUAAGAUGUUCACCUUGGAGUCCCUCAGGGCCGUGUGGUACGGCCAGAAAUUGGACUUUCUGAAAUCCGCACACCUUGGGCACACUGCGCCCAACACCGAGGUGGUGCUGGUCCAGGACCGGAGGCAGGUCAGGAUCCUGGACUGCAUGAAAGGGAAGAGACCGCUCAUUCUUAACUUUGGCAGCUGCUCCUGACCGCCAUUCAUGACGCGCCUGGCGGCGUUUCAGCGCGUCGUGAGCCAGUACUCAGACAUUGCGGACUUUUUACUUGUAUAUAUCGAGGAGGCGCAUCCGUCGGACGGCUGGGUGAGCUCGGACGCGCCGUAUCAGAUCCCCAAGCACCGCUGCUUGGAGGACAGACUGAGAGCCGCUCAGCUGAUGCUCACCGAGGUGCCCGGGAGCAACGUGGUGGUGGAUAAUAUGGACAACUCGUCCAACGCCGCGUACGGAGCUUACUUUGAAAGACUUUACAUCGUCAGGGAUGAGACAGUGGUGUAUCAGGGGGGCAGAGGUCCAGAGGGAUACCGGAUUUCCGAGCUUAGAAACUGGCUGGAGCAAUACAGGAACGAUCUGGUGAAUUCCCAAACAUCGGUGCUCCAUGUGUAGUUGAAGAUGCUGAACUGCCUGCUGCUCUGCCCAUUCUGCUUAAGUGUCCAACCCACAGUGCAAAAUAUUCAGAUGCUGCUAUCAAAUGUUCACAAAUGGCACAUUAUGUUGUUUUUUCUUACAUCAAGAUAUUCAGGACUCAAAUAGCCUAAAGUCACGUUGAAGCUUAUAUCUAGGCUGUAGGCUGGUAUAUUGUGCUUGUCUUGACUUUAACUGAUUUUCUUUAUUUUUUUUUGUAUGGAAAAGUCUUGAAUCAGUUGAAACUGGAUUCAGUUAGUGACCACUCUAUUUUUCUACAAUACUGUGCGUGUUUGUGAGUGUGUGUGUGUGUGUGUGUGUGUACAUGCAUGAAUGGUUGUGCGCGUGCGUGCGUGCGUUCAGGCUAAUAUCUCACUCGGGUGUUUCUAUGAAGUUCGGUUUUUAAAAGGCGCAGCCAGAAAACCGACACUGAUGUCUCUUGACACCGGGAGCGGGUCCAUAUUAGCAGGAUGCCUUCCUCCAUGAUCGAUCGCCAAACGAUGUAAUGUUGAAACAAUGUAAUUGAACAAAUGUUUUUAAAUAAAUGUCAGAUCACA